AAAGACGUGGUUUCCCAUGGUUAAGCGUCUAGAUACAGCGGAUGUUAAAUCACUAUUUCUGGUUAAAUUAGUUAGCUAGGCUGUUAUGGACUUCUUUUUACAAACAAGAGUCUCGUUCCAAUCACGUUUUAGGACCAGAAUCAUGGCGCUUGGGUGUUUUUAAUGCAGCUUGGCGAUCGGUCUGUAGAACCUGGGCAUAAAGAAAAGCUUUCCGUCAAGUUAGUGAGCUAAAGCAAAGGUGAAUCAUUUUCACUAUGCUGAAAUUCAACUUCAGACGGGAGAAAGACAAGGAGUUUAAGCACAUAGCUCAUGGUUUGAUCCCCGCUGCCUCCAUCGCUCCUAAAGCCGCUGUGCCUCGUACUCCUCCGCCUCAAAGCCCUGACCCCUCACCUGACCGACAUAGAUCAGCCUUAGCUGCAGCUAUCCUGUCUUCCUCGCUCACUGGACAGCCGUGGGCCAUCCCUCCCGCUCGUCCAAGGUCCUUCUCUGAGACAGAUCGUUCAGGAUCCCUCCUUUCUGAGCCGAACUUCAGCGCUGCACUUUACACCAGUAAUCGGACCUUCAACAGAGACAGAUGGUCGGAGGAUUCGGCCAGCCGGCCGCCCCUCUCAUCCCCUGACCACUCCGAGGGGGAGCUUGAAGAUGACGAAGAGGAAGUCGACAACCAAGAUGAUGCAGAGGAACAUGUCUAUCAAACUCUGGACGGGCAGGAAGAUUUAAGAGCGACAGAAACAGCUGGUGACCUGCCCCUAGACUUAAAGUCCAGCACACCUCUGGCCGCUCACAUGUCGGGUAGAAGAGUGCCAUCUCCAGACCUCAGCGAUGACUCAAGUGGCCCGUCUCCUGAAGCCAUGGCGAGGAGAGAAUCUCCCAGAGAGAGCCCUGAAAAUCAAAAGGAAGCCGUGCGAUCCCUUCCGCCCAUCCCGACCACUAGCCGACCUGGGGGAGCUAAAAUGCCAAAACACUCCGUCCGCUCGUCUCCAGAGCCCAACAGACUAUACAGCGAGCUGCAGAAACAGAAGAAAACCAGGACAACUCCUGAAGACAAGCUGCUGGAAACGAGGCUGCAGCGCCUGGAGCGGGAGAUCAGUCACAGCCAAGCUUCCUCAAACCUAAGGUCCUCCGCAGACGUCUCUGAAAGCCGUUGUUCUGUGACGGCAGGCGGCCAGGCGGAGCUGCAGACUCUGAGGCGGCAUGCACAGGAGCUGGUGGAUGAGAACGACGCCCUGAAGCUCACCGUUCAGCGGCUGAACGUGGAGCUGAGCCGCUACCAGGCUCGCUUCAGGCCGCUGUCCAAACCAGAGAGCUCCAAAAUCCAAGGCAUCCCGAACACAGGCUCUCCCCCUCCCUGGCUGCUUGACAUGAAGUACUUAUGCCCUUUGCUGCUGGCCUAUGAAGACAAUAUGAAUGAGAAGGAAGCACUCCUGCAAACCACUCAGGAGGAGGUGACCAAGCUGCGAGCCCAGGUGGAAGAGGUGACGAAAGAAAAUAGGAGGCUCCAUGAUGAAAUGACCAAGAUGGGUGUGGUCAGCCAGAAUGACAGCCAGCAGAUUGAGCAGCAGGCCUUUCUGGUUUUGCAGGAGAACCAGGCUCUGAUUGAUCAGCUGGAGGCCCAGCAUGAAAAGGCCAAGGCUAACCACGGCAAACACCAGUCUGAAGUAUCAAAGUUGUCGAAGCAGCUUAUGAUGUUGGAGGGAGAGAAUGAGCGUUUGCAGGAGGACCUAGAAGAAAGCAGACGGCAGCUACAGAAACAUACGAAGGAGGUUCAGCUUCUGCAGGCCCGCCUGAAGGAUGCGGUCACCUGGGAUGAGCACUGCAGCAUCGCAGGGAGACUCAGAAGGCAGCUGGAGGAGCAGGAGAGCCGACAUAAGAGGGAAAAGGAGCAGCUGCUUUUAAAAACGUCCAGCCUAGAGGAGGAGAAGAGGAGUCUGGCUCUGGACAAAGCCAGCCUGACUGCUGAUGUGAAGACAGCGAGGACUGAGCUGGAGCACUUCAAACAAGCAAACAGGAAGGCCGAGAGGAGGAUGAGUACACUCAAGAGGCAAAAGGAGGAGCAUCUGCUGAAGGAGGAGAAGACUCGCCGUUACCUGGAAGCUGUCAUUUGUGUCGCCGAGCACAUUUCCCGGGAAAGAGACCAUCUGUUACACAUGGCGUCUGGACUUCAGCAGGAAAAGCAUGGAUUUGUCAGCAGGAUUCUGAACGGCACGGUCCGCUUCGGCAAGCUUCAAGAGGAAAUCAAAGUAUACCGGACGCAGGCGUCAACCAGGCUGGCAGCGUUGGAGGAGGCUGCCGAGGGGAGGACGGCGUCUUACCGGAGGGAGAUCCUUCACCUGCAGCAGCUGCUGAGAGAGAGACAGGAGGCUGAGGAAAAACUGCUGCAGUCCAAACGGGACGUGGAGGAGGAGCUGGAGGUGGUGUGGCAGGCAGCAACGCGGGAGAACCAGCAGAUGAGGAAGACGCUGAUGGACACAAAACUGGGCGGGGACCUGUCGGGCUGGGGGCUUUCUGCUACCUCCCCUCCUGACGUCCCUGCCCAGACUUCAGAGGAGACCGCCAAAUCCUCCCAGCUUCAGCAUAAGCACGGGCUGGAUUUCUAUUGCUAAACGCCUGGAGACUGAACCCGCAGAGGUCUGUGCCAGCAUCUGAACAUCUGGGUCAAAAAAAACAACAACACUGUAAAACUAGUGAGAAUUCUAUGUACAGAUGAGGAUGUUCUGACCUUAAAAAGCACUUUAAUGACCUUUUCAGCUCUCGCAGAGUUUAACUGUUUUUUUUUUUUAACAUAUUUGUCUUUCACAAAUGUGCCAAGAACAACUGAAAGACACCUGGAGAGUUCGAGGAGAAAUGUCCUAAAGUCAAAAGGGCAAUGGUGCCAUCUACUGGACACAAGUGGCAACCACAUUAUUGAUUGAUGACGUUAGCGAGCUAAUCAGCAGCCGAUGACCAGGCAGUGUCAGUGUAAAUCCCUAUUUCCUCAUUACAACAACCCUGUCGUCUGCACAGCAAAUUAACUUGCUUAUCACCCAAAUAGGAGCAAUAAAAUUGACCCAAUUGAAAUGUAGAUUUACUUGAAGGAGAUUAAGAAUUAAUGAGAUGUGAAGCGAGUUUUCUGUAAUAAAAAAACAAACAUAUUUGAUAAAUGGUAUAUAUUUGUAUAUCUGCAUUUUAGCCUAAUGCGUAGAGGCUUGUUGGUAAUUAAUAAAGUAAGAUUUCACAUCUGUGAGCCUAA